UGGGCGGCUUCUCGCGAGACUUCGCCGGCCGGCCGCAGCGGCGCUGCCGCCACAAUGGAGCAGCCGCUGAGCAGCCCGCCGGGGGUGUCCACUAUUCUGGCGAAGACGGACUGGUCCGAGCCCUGGCUGGUGGGGCUGGCGGUUUUCCACGUCCUCUGCUUCCUCCUGACGUGCGUCUCCUUGCAGCACUACCGGGUGCAAAUAGGACACUUCCUCUGCAUGGUGGCCUUAGUGUACUGCGCUGAAUAUAUAAAUGAAUUAGCAGCCAUGAACUGGAGGCUGUUUUCUAAAUACCAAUACUUUGAUUCAAGAGGAAUGUUUAUUUCACUUGUGUUUUCAGCACCACUGCUGGUGAAUACUAUUAUAAUUGUGAUCACCUGGGUAUACAGAACUUUGAAUGUAAUGACUGAGCUGAAAACAUUACAGCACAGAAUGAAAGCAGAAAAAGAUAAAAAGAAGUGAAAGUGCCUAACACUAUUAUUUUUCAAUUGCAAUAAUACUUGUUCAGGUAACCAGUCCUUUUGUAUGCCUAUCCAGAAACAAAAGUGUUUUUGUGUCUGAUAUUAAGAAGACUUUGCAGCCCAUGGCUGUGGACAAUGAGGUGAAAGCAAGUACCUCCAAUAUGUUUGAAUUGGCUGUGAAACUGAGAAACUCUGUGAAACUGAGUCUCAACAGGUCUUUGUACCCUUCAGUGUAAGAUAGUUUUCCACCAUGACCAAGGCUAUUAGUAUUGGUGAGACAAAAUCUUCCAGUCUGUUUCCAUUUGCCUAUGUAUUUUUUAACUGUGUCUUAACUAUGUGUUUCUCAAGUAUCCAGUCUUCUGCUGCUUAAGAUAAUUGGAACAGUGUUGUGAAUUCCAGUAAAUGAGGGAUUGUAUUCAGAAUACCUCAGGAAUCCAUGCUUCUAUGAAGCACUUCUUUAUCAAUCAAAUUUCAUACUUCCUAUGUGUAUUGUGUGCCAGUAGCAAUUUGUAAAUAAAAUUAUCCACUGUGUCUUAAA